AUGAAUAACAAUGCCAAUGCCUCGGAUCUGUCUCGACGGUCUUCACGCGCGUCCCCUCGUACAAGGCUGUCUAUUUCUGAACAUCGUCGGCCCACGAACCCGAAUCUGAGCGAGUCGUCCGCCGGUGACUUCCCCUCACCUGAUCAUCGCUCCUCCUUGAGUCAUGCAUUUCGCACAGCGAGUCCCACGAUCGGGGGCAGCCCGAUCUUUGCCACGGCCGAUCCGCAUCAUCAACGGACUCCGUCUCUAGGGGAACUUCACCAAGAACUGGAGCAGGAGCAAGAAGCGCAAGUGAAUCGUCUCUUGCAGAUGAUACGCAGUCAACAGACACAGCUGCAACAGUUGCAACAGCAACAGCACCAGCAGUCGGGUAUCGCCGUGGUCGAGGAUUCCACUCCACCUUCCGAACGAUCCUUCCCUGUUAUACCACCGCUUGCUGCAGCUGCUAGUGGCCGAACCUCCACGCAAUUCCCCUCAUCACUGUCCAGUCACCGAGUAUCGCGGCCUUCUAGCCAAGCGGCCUCCCCGAGUCUUCGACCACUGCCUUCUGCUUCCCUGCAUGGAACGUCGAUCGAUUCUUCCCGCGGCAUGGAGGGCUUGGAUUGGGGCGCGGGCACCAGUGAGACGUCGUCCCGGCGUGGUAGCAGGGACGAGACGGCAUUCUAUCAGGCGGAGGCAUCCAUGUUGAAUCGCGAGAACCAGAUGCUCCGCCAGCGUAUCCGUGAAUUAGAACGACAAGUUAGUGAACUGACCACGUCGGAUGCCCGACCGGAGCAGACUGCGCCACCUGCUGUAGAAGGGGCCGAAGCUGCCGAUCCUCAUGCAUCUGCCGGUGGAGAAUCGGCCCAGGAGCCCACUAACAAGUAA